ACCAACAAAACUAUCAGCGCAGACACAAACAUGGCGCCUACCUCUGCCGACAACUUCAGAUGAAAGUGUGGCGAAGAAGUGAACAGCAAAGUUUGAAAGGAGUAUUUCGAAGUGCCCUUUUCUUUUGCGCGCCGUCCUGGUUGAACCUGUUUCGGUUUUCACAGACAGAAAUACGGAAUAUAUCAAGCGGGUAAAAACAGCAAGUUGCCUACAUGUCAACAUUGUCUCUCGCUGCAGCGUAAACAGCUGGUGUACCCAGCCAUGAUCGAGGACAAGGGUCACCGCGUGACCGACUACUUUGUGGUGGCUGGGCUGACAGACAAGUCCACGCCCCUGGAGCAGGACCUGUCGGAGACCAAGUCCAGCGGGCCCAAGGCACCCAUCACUGACUUGGCCGUCAUUAACAAGUCGGCAGGAGAAACCGUGCCCGAGGGCUUCACUUGCAUCGACAGCACCUACAGCGGCCAACCAGCCAACCUUAAUCAUGGCAGUCUUAAGAGUCCCGAGCUGUUCCUGUGCUACAAGAGGAGUCGAGGGAAGUCUCCUCUCAUUGACAUUGGUGUGCUGUAUGAAGGGAAGGAGCGACUGAUCCAGGGCUGCGAGGUCAUCCAGGCCACACCGUACGGCCGCUGCGCCAACGUCAACAACAGCUCCGCCACCUCGCAGCGCAUCUUCAUCACUUUCCGCCGAGCGCCGCCCGUCCAGCCUCAGAACUCCCUGGCAGUUACGGACAUCUGCGUCAUUGUCACCAGCAAGGGCGAGACGCCGCCACAUACCUUUUGUAAGGUGGAUAAGAACCUCAACUGCGGCAUGUGGGGCUCCAACGUCUUCCUGUGUUACAAGAAAUCAGUAUCUGCGUCCAAUUCCAUCAGUUACAAAGCUGGUCUCAUCUUUCGUUACCCAGAAGAGGACUAUGAGUCUUUUCCUCUGUCAGAAUCUGUCCCUCUGUUUUGUUUGCCCAUGGGUGCCAAGAUCGAGUGUUGGGCACCAAACACGCGUGAUCCUCUGCCCGUCUUCUCCACGUUUGUCCUAACCAUCUCUUCUGGUGAAAAGGUGUAUGGAUCAGCCAUCCAGUUCUACGAGCCACAUCCAGUGGAUCUGUUGAGCGAGAAGCAGAAGAUCCAGCUAGGCCUGCUCACCACGGUGGAGAAGAAGAUGAUCCCCAAUCGGCCCGUGAACACCAAUAAAUGCAUUUGCCUGCUCUCCCGCUGGCCCUUCUUUGGGGCCUUCCGCAAGUUCCUGAUGUUCCUCUACAAGCUCUCCGUCUCAGGCCCACACCCACUCCCUAUUGAAAAGCACAUCUCACACUUCAUGCAUAAUGUGUCAUUUCCUUCCCCUCAAAGGCCAAGAAUAUUAGUCCAGCUCUCGGCACAUGACACUUUGAUCCUCUCCCAGCCUGUGUGCACACCCUUACCCCUCAGUGGGGCAGACUACGGCACUCUGCUGAUGAAUCUGGGCUCCGAGAACUGCGCCACGCUGCUGCACUUUGUCCUGCUGGAGAGCAAGAUCCUGCUGCACUCACUGCGGCCCGCUGUGCUCACUGGAGUGGCCGAGGCUGUGGUGGCUAUGAUCUUCCCCUUCCAGUGGCAGUGUCCCUACAUCCCCCUGUGCCCGCUCUCUCUAGCAGGUGUCCUCAACGCUCCAUGUCCUUUUAUAGUGGGUGUGGACUCUCGCUACUUCGACCUUUACGACCCCCCAGCAGAUGUUGUCUGUGUGGAUCUGGACACCAACACUAUCUACCUGUCUGACGAAAAGAGACACAGCAACUGGAAGAACCUCCCAAAGAAGCCCUGCAAGAGUCUCGUUAACUCACUGAGCAACUUGCACCACCAGCUGGCCACAGUUUCAGUACGUCAAACAGGUGAGGAAGGCUCAGCAGUGGACAUGACCCCCAUCGAGGCGGACUUCACAUGGCACAAGAAGAAGACGGCCCUGGAGAUGGAAAUCCAGGAGGCCUUCCUUCGCUUCAUGGCCUCCAUCCUGAAGGGCUACCGCUCCUACCUCAAACCUAUCACCCAGGCGCCCUCCGAAAAGGCCACGGCCGCGGACUCCCUCUACGACCUGCAAGGUUUCCUCAAAAGCCGAGACCGCGCCCACCAGAAGUUCUACUCCCAGCUCACCAAGACCCAGAUAUUCAUCCGCUUCAUUGAGGAGUGCACGUUUGUCAGCGACAAGGACACUGGCCUGGCCUUUUUUGACGACUGCGUGGAGAAGCUUUUUCCCUCUGAUAAAAUCACCGACAAGAGCACCAAGGUUGAGGGAGAGUCAUCUGAGGAUACGAGACUGCUGGAGCUGGACGAGUCCCAGAAGAGCGAACACACAGUUUUCGUCAUGCCCCCUGAACCUUUAGUGGAUGAUGGAACUGAACCUGCCCCCAGAUACACCUAUAAAAGUUUCCCCAGGCUGCAGAUGGAGCUGUUUGACCGUCCAAGGGAGUUAAGACCAGCACUUAGCACCAGAGCAGCAGGGGCCAGUCUGUCCAGCAGCCCUGCAUUACUGGCUAAAAGGACAAAGCAGGAGAUCAAGCUAGCAUAUAAGAUGGCUAAGAGGUUUCACACCAACCCUCCGCUGUGGGCCCGGUGUCUGUUCAGUCACUGCUACAGCCUGUGGUUCAUCUGCCUGCCAGCAAGCAUGCGACUGGCAAAGUCUAAAAGCCGUGCCAUGCAGCAGGCGUACAACGUCCUCCUGAAGAUGAGGACCACUGAGGUGGAGGUGCUGGACGAGGUGUGUUACAGAGUGGUGAUGCAGCUCUGUGGCGUGUGGGGUCUUCCUGUUAUGGCUGUGAGAGUCCUCGUUGAGAUGAAGAAAGCAGGAGUGCACCCGAACGCCAUCACAUAUGGAUACUACAACAAGGCCGUCUUAGAGAGUCCAUGGCCGAGUAGAAACCGUAGUGGCCUCUUUAUGUGGACGAAGCUGCGCAAUGUGCUCCGUGGAGUGGCCCAGUUCAAGCACGCUCCUCACCGGACAUCUUCCAAGAAGGGGCCCACACUUAACCCAACAGCUACUGCUGACCGUUUGAGUCAUGGAAGCGCUGACAGCUCAAGUGAGGUCAACGGCGAGGAACACAGCCUGUUUGCCCACAGCCACAGCAUGGAAGACACGACAGACACCCACUGUAGUACAGGAAGGCAGUCUGAUCAAGGCUACGGCUCCAAGGAUGAGUUACACCAGGAGCUGGCAGAGCCUUCACACACUGCUGUCCUUUCCACUGAAGAGAGAAGCAUUACCACAGCACAGCAUAAUGGAGGUGACAUUGCCAGCUCGGUGGACAGUGCUGUAGCAGUAGCAGAGCCCCCCAGUCCUGUUGAUGUGCUGGCACCUGUCCCCAGUAUUGUGAGGCUGUCCACUGGGAGCUUUGAUGGUGGCAGAGAAACGGGUACAGGGAGCUUGUUCAGGAGAAACAGCAAGAAUGACAACGUGUCUCUUCCUGAUGAUGAUGCCUCACUGGCAUCGGGGGAUGUAGCUAGCCAGCCUCCGCAGCGGCAGAAAUCCUUUGCUGAACGCAGCUGUAGCUUCAGUGCUGAAACCCGCGCUGGGAUGCUGCUAGAGAAAGGCGUGGACCACAUGGCCAGUCAGAUGGGUGCCGAUGCCCGCAUCCUGGCUGCCGCGCUCAGUGGAGGCCAAAGUCCACCCCCAAAUAAUGUGCCCAAAUCCCUUUUUAAAGACCUGGAGGAAGAGCCUGAAGAUGACCAGGGCUUGACAUUGGGGAAGCUGCCAGAGGAAGAGGGUCCGGGAGCACCAGAAGAAGGGAAGGGAGAAGACAUAGAGUCAAAGGGGUCUGAGGUGAAAAUGGAGAAACGAGAGAGGAAGCACACUGAAACACAUGAGGAUGACUCUGGGCUGCGAGGAGUGCCCCUGGAGAGGGCGGACGUGCAGGUGGGUGCCGACCCACUUUCCCUCCUGGUGACCGAGAGCGAGGAGUCGGCCUCUGUCACCAGCCAGGAGCUGCCGCGCUCCAUGCCUGCUGUGGUGUCCCGCAACCUGGCCGAGGAGAUUGAGAUGUACAUGAGCCUGAGGAGCCCCCUGGGCGUCAAGUCCUCCAGCAUGGAGCUCCAGCAGGCCCAGGGAGACUCCACCGACACCCCACAGCCCAAACUGUCUCUGGAGCGCCGGUCCAGCCUCCCCGUGCCUCCUGUCAAAACUCCAGCUGGCUCACCGGGCGAUACACCCAAACGCAGCCCCUCCACUGUUACUCGCUCCAAGACUUUUGCUGUAAAGACAAAGACCCCCGCCAGCGCUGUGGGUAGCCCGGGUCCUAGAUCAUCCUCAUUGACGGCGCUGGUCAAAUCCUCCCAAGGAGGGUCGUUGGGCUCAGUCAUCAACUCCAUUUCAGGCAUUAAGAUGGACACCCUCUUGUCGGGACCUAAAAUUGAUGUUCUUAAGUCAGGCAUGAAGCAGGCGGCAAAUGUGGCCAGUAAAGUGUGGGGGGCAGUUGCUUCAGCUUACUCCUACUCAGAUGACGAGGAUGAAGAAGCUCAGGGUGGCGGCGGCUUCCCGUCUCACCUGGAUGAACACCUGCUGGCUGCACACGAAGUAGAUGACAGUCCUGACAGAGGUCCCAUCCCCGGGUUGGUGGCCAACGGUCUAAACCAGAGCUGCACCAGCCUGGGCAGCAGCAGCGGCAGCAGUGACACAGGCCGGUGGGCCCACCAGACGCAUCCAACUCCUGGACGAGUGGGCAGGGGUCCAGACUCUGAGCAGUGCUCCUCACUUCACGCUUCCUCGUCAAGCAUUUACCAGAACUGCGCACUGGAGGUGCUGAUGUCCAGUUGCUCCCAGUGCCGCUCUUGUGAAGCCCUGGUGUACGACGAGGAGAUAAUGGCGGGCUGGACAGCUGACGACUCCAACCUGAAUACCACCUGCCCUUUCUGUCGCACAGCCUUUCUCCCCUUGUUGCACGUGGAGUUUCAUGACUUGCGCACAAUGACCGGGUUCUACAUGAAUCCCAGUGCCUCAGGAGACAGUAUCCACAGCACCAACGCCCAGCCCACAGCGAGCAGCUCGGCUGACAUUAAGACGCCAGACCUUAUCACUUUCCCUGAAGAGGAACCCAGGGAGACUUCAGCUGAUCAGCCUGUAAUACAGAAGAGUCUGAUUCCAGAGCCAGUGCAGUCAGAUCCUCUGGGUCUUGUGGAGCACCAGCAGCAGAAAUGCAUUGGGACGUCACUGACACGCAGCAACAGUGUGGGUGGGCCUCUGCAGAGCUUGGACUACUCCCAGAGACCCGGACAUGGCGUCUCCACCACCAGCCUGCCCUGCAGUCUGCAAGAGGUGUCGGAUGGCAUGGGGACUAAACGGCCAAACCCCAAGCCUGUGUCCGUACCAUACCUCAGCCCCUUGGUGCUGCGCAAGGAGCUGGAGACCCUGUUGGAGAAUGAAGGAGAUCAGGUGAUCUACACCCACAAGUUCCUCAGCCAGCACCCCAUCAUCUUCUGGAACCUGGUGUGGUAUUUCCGUCGUCUGGACCUGCCCACUCACCUACCUGGUCUGAUCCUUACUUCUGAGCACUGCAACAACGGAGUACAGCUGCCCCUGACGUCACUGUCCCAGGACACUAAGCAGGUAUACGUCCAGCUCCUGUGGGACAACAUCAACCUGCACCAGGAACACGGAGAUCCCCUCUACCUGCUCUGGAGGUCCUUGUUGGAGAAGAAAGGGACGUUGGCUCCUACAGACCACCAGGAGAUCCGUAACCUCCUCAACACAAUUGUUCGCAACAUCCAAACCAACGACGUCUACGGGCCAAUCAACCUGUUGAUCCGAGAGAUCAAACGGCGCCCAGAGGGUGUCAAACGGCAGAGGAGUAUCUAUAGAGAAAUAUUGUUCCUCUCACUGGUGGCCUUGGGGAGGGAGAACAUCGACGUAGAGGCCUUCGACAGGGAGUACCGCCAGGCUUACGACGAACUGAGCACCGAGCAGCUCAAGUCUUUGCACCGCAUGGAUCGACCGCCAAGCGCCAGCGUCCAGUGGUGCCUUAAAUGCUUUGGGGCCCCGUUCAUCUGAGCACCAACACCUGUGUCAGCGAUGAAAAAUCUGACUGGCCAAGUGUGACAGCAGGAUGGGAAGGAUAGGCGGUGGGCCGGGGUGUGAGCGAAAGUUUUGGUUGUAUUUAAACACCUCCAGUCGCCCAAACAUGGUACUUCUUCUUUCCCUUGUCUUGGAAUAUGCCCACUGUCUGCUUUUUUACAACCUUAUCAUGUGUUUCCUCUGCUUUACGAGCAGCUACUUACAGGUGGGACUGUUUCUUUAAAUUGCUUUGAAAGCUGCAAUCUUUUGGGGACUAGUUGAGGUGCGUUUCUUUACAGAUGGUGUAUAGAAUGAUUAAUCACUGUACAGAAUGUAUCGACUGCCCCUAUGGUGAUGUGUGUGUGUGUUUGUUUGUUUGCGCAGCCGUGUUUUUCUUGCAGUCAUUUCCCUGUCUCGUAGCCUUUUGCCCACUUUGCUUUAAUCUGUCUUAAUUAUCCCCUGACUGUUCCUUUGUGCACUUUCUAAAUCAAACAAACCGUAACUCAAGUCCACCUGUCUUUUUGUACAUAUUGUUUACUUGGGGGGGGGGUAAAACCAGGGGCCUAUUAUUUUUGGAGCCCUCGAUGCUUCAUCUGUUUUUGUGAUCCAAGUCUUAAUGAAUGUUCCAGUUGUUUGUACAUGUACAGGUUCAGAGUGAGGCUCUCUGUCUGUGUAAAUAUGUUGGAAGCACAAACGUAAAUGGGAUAGGACAAUCACUAAUUAUCAAUCACUAAAAUUCAUUUGACAACAUUCCAGGUUCCCUGCAGUUAAAACAGGUCUUUAAAGAAGUAUUAUUGAUCUCUGCAACAACGCCAGCCAAGUGGAGGUUAAAAGACAUACCACACAACUGAUUCCCACACAUUAAAACAAGACACACGUUCUCCUGCAGGGAAAGAAAGCGUGGUGACGAAACAGUUAGUCCAACUUGUGUUUUUAAUAUCUGUAUUUUUUUAACAGUAACAUACUGUACUUGUUCUGCUAAUAUGUCUUAUUGUAACUUAGAGCUGUAACUUAAAUGUACUAGGACUAUUGCUCACUCUAGCGUAGAAUGAACCAGAAAGGAUUUUUUUUUUUUAAAUUGGAUUAUUUACGACAAGAUUGCUUUUAUGGUUUACAAAGUAGCUUUGGAUGAUAUUAGCAAUUAGAGCUUUAUACCGCAAUGGGCUUAUUCAAUACUGCUGACGCUGUGUUAAGAAAGAGCGAAUUUUACAACAUGACAUUCCACUACAUGUUGAAACAGACAGGAAAAAAAGCUAAGUGAUGUGAUAAACAGUUGGGAAAUGGGUGUAGUUUGUCCUGUUGUAGACUUGGGAGAGUGAUUUGUACAGAUAUUGUGAAAUAUUCGAUUUGCACUGCUUAGAUUAAAACCGGACCUUCACCCAGGAUGAGGAUGAGAUGAGACGACCUCAGUAUAUUAACAAAAUACAGUAGUUUUUCCUCCAAAACAAAAAGAAAUUCUCAAUUAUUUAUUUUUGUAUUUGCCAUUUGGAUUGCAGACAGUGUAGUAACUUAGCAUUUUUAUGACUAACAAUCCCCCUUUUCCCUUUUAGUCCUGUACUGAAUUUGUAAAUUUGACCUUCUUAUGGCAGAGGAUGUACAGAAGAGAGACUGUUCUUUAACAAUAGAUUAAGUGAUCUCUUUACCGUCCUGUGGAAAGGAACUGAAUGUCUACACUUAAGUGUGUUGAAAUAAAUGAGUUUGUGAACUGAUUGGAAA